UAAUGAUUGGUCACUGUGUAAGGAAGGUGUUUUGCUGAGGUCACACCCUAGGCCCAACGACAAGGAACAACUUCCCGAUCAUUUGAACUUUGCUGUGCGACGUUAGUACACGUUCACAGUGGUUCUACUGAUAUUAAAUUCUGAGAUCCAAACCGUCACGAGGACCAUGAAUACCAUACUGAUUCUCGGUGUCUGUCUGUCUGUGGCAUUGGCUUAUCCAACAGGCCCACCUACAUCUGCCUGUUCUAGUAUGAUACCUGGUCACGGAGAUCCAACAGUAACGGGACCACCCCCGUAUGAAAUUACCGUCGGCUCCAGCACUUACGCUACAGGCGCACCAGUCCAAGUAACCAUUUCAGGCGACAGUGAGACGCAAUUCAGAGGUUUCUUUGUUCAGGCUAGAGUGAAUGAUGCCCAGUUCACCACUAACCCGGCUUUAGGAGUGUUUUCAGACUUUCCUGCAAGCACAGGCGGUGUGGAUUGUUCUAACUCUGACAGUGGCUGGGGCCACACGGAUAAUACUGACAAGAAUAGCGUCAUGGCAAACUGGACCUACACUGGCGAAUGUGAAGAUGUAGGAAAUCUAGCGUUCAGGAUAACAGUGGUUCAAGGCAACCCACCAACUAGAUACUGGACUGACAUUGUCACGGAAAAUUUAAGAUUUGAUAAACAAAUGUGUGUAGCAGGAGGAGGAGCAGGGUUCAUCAUUUCAUCAUUUUUUACAAUUGCUUCAAGCAUCAUUGUAGCUGUUCUUCUUGCGUACUAGUUGGAUUUUCUAAUAUCAUGUUGAUUACCUACUACUAAAUAUCAUCAUAGAGCUACAUUUUAAUUCAUAUUAGAACUGAUAGGUCUAUGCAAUAAGGAAAUACCAUUGUGUUUAAAUGCAGAUAGUAUUCAGAUAUUGAUUACUCAACGUAUGUGGACGCUCUUUAACGUUUAGUUCGUACAGUUAUUUAAGUAACAUUUCUAAGUUUCUUAUAAAUAAAUAGGAUAUUAAAAUUAGGAUAUUAUUUACAUUGAUUGAAUUAAAAAAAUACUGAUGCUCUGA